GCCCUAUCUUUGAUGUCCACGUCCCCGUGGUGUCCGAGUCCUACCGGCUGCGAUGGGUUACGCGCCCUUGUUUUAGAAAAAAAAAAAAAACACAGAAGGAAAACUUCAUAGAAAUGGCGGAGGGUGCUUCGACUCUCAAGGGCUUGAGAGCCCAAAUGGCUGCAGCUGCACAGGCACAAGCCGAGGAAAGGCGCAGCUUGGCGGGAAACAGCCCAGGACCUACAAAUAACACACCAGCUAAACCUCAGGGGUGCAGGCCAGUACUUGACGGUGCCACACUUAGAACAGACGACAGACUGCGGGUGGCAAAAGAGAGACGUGAGGAGGCAGAGAGACAACAGGCUUUACGAGAAUCUCAGAUCAUGGAGCGGGAGCGCAAGGCCAAGCUGCAAGUGGAGCGUCAGAUGGAAGAGCGUCAGAAAAAGGUUGAGGAACAGCGAAGGAAGGAGGAGCAGAAAAGAUUGGCUGUGGAGCAGAAGAGGAAGCAGAAACAGGAAGAAGAAAAGGAGCACUACGAGGCAGUGAUGAGGCGGACGUUGGAGCGUAGUCAGCAAGUCGAGCAGAGGCAGAAAAGAUGGUCUUGGGGAGGACUGUCCACAGACUCAGAUGGACGAACAGGAGAUUCUGAUGCCAGUGCCUCAUCUCCAGUAACUAUAGUUAUCUCCUCUCCCUCACCAGAAAAGCCACCAAGGAGUCAUCAAGUGGACAAGCGCUCCACAUCCACCACGAACCUGAAACAGCCGUCUGAGGCUGGCAUCAGCAAACGCCUAUCCUCCUCCUCUGCCACCCUCAUCAAAUCACCUGACAAACGUGUUAAGCCAAGGAGUUCAUCUUGUAACCGGUUACCUAGCAAUGGCAAUGCUGCUCAGGCCAGUAAGGAAGACGACAAAAAGCUUCAGGUGGAACAGACAGGCCACUCUGUGAAGAAGAGAAGUUCCUCCCUUACGCGAGUAAGUCUGGGCAGAGCACAGACCCCUGCAAAGCCUGAUAAGGGGACAACGGAUGAUCAAGCUCGCAGGCCACUGGCCACUACUGUGGAUGGAGGGGUCCUUAGUCGCCUGCUCACACCCACCCAGGCCUCACUAGCUAGGAGCAAGAGCGCUGCCGCCCUGUCCGCUGAAGGAACAGAUGCUCCAGAGUGUCACCUGUGUCCUCGCUCAGCCUCUGCCAGCCCAUUGCACCCACCGCGUGGUCCAGUGCGCAGCCGCAGCAGCGACCGACAAAAGAGCAGCAUGACCACAUCUGUGUCAGCCGAUGGAGCUCUGGAUCCUUCGAUGAAAGAUAAGAAGUUAACAUCACCUGUGGGGCAACGUCCUGCCUCCCCAUCCACUCCAGGACGGCACCGUUCGCCAUCGCCUGCCCCCAGUCCAGGUCCAAAGAGGACUCCUUCGCCUUCAGCACCCAAGCAAAGCCCUAAGAUGCGCCCAGCCUCACCAGGCGCAAUGAAACAACGCCCACCGUCUCCUCAGCCUACACCAACCAAACCCCCACCCAUCCAGAAGCCUCUCGCUCCAGCAGGACCGCCAACCUUACGAAAGAAGAACUCCAAGUCCAAAGAUCUCUGUCCUGUUCAAGCUGUGGCUCAACAAUCCUCUGAUUCCAGCAAGACCAAAGACAAAGAUGACUCAAAGGCUACGACAGGCACCAACUCGGCUGCUGAGGCUGCCAAGAUCCUAGCAGAAAACCGCAGACUGAUGCGAGAGCAGAAAGAGAGAGAGGAGAAGCUUAGGCUACAGAAGGAGGAAGAGGAGAGGUUGAGAAAAGAAGAAGAGGCACGUUUAGCAGAAGAGGCUCGAUUGAAACGUCUGGAGGAGGAGAAGCAGCUUGCAGAGGAGAGAAAACUUAGGGAAGAGGAAGAGGCUCGCCUAGCAGAGGAGGAACGGAUUAGAAUGGCAGAGGAGGAAGCACAAAGGCAGGCUGAGCUCCAAAGGGAACGCGAGGAGGCCGAGGCCAAAGCCCAGGAGGAGGCAGAAAGAGUUCGUCAGGAGAGAGACCGCAUUAUGCAGCAGAACCAACAGGAACGUAUGGAGAGGAAGAAGAGAAUUGAAGAAAUAAUGAAGAGAACUAGAAAAGGGGACCAAAAUGAUUUAAAGAGAGAUGACGAUAAAUGCGCACAAGAGAAUGAAGAUGAGGAAAUGGACCAGAUAAACUGUGAAACUAAAAUUACAGAGACUGACACAGAUGAGAGCUGUCUGUCCUCCGGUGAGCCUUCAACAGAGCGAGAAGAGCCCCUGGGCCACACGAAUGAGAAAUCAGAGACAGACGACAAGGAGAAUAACAAUGGCACAAGCUCAGAUGAGACUCAGGCAGAAAGUCCGGUACCCGAGGGCCGCCUUGUCGAGGGUUCUGAGUUCAUGAAUGAGCAAGACUCUACCGAGGUGGAGUUGGUCUCCACAGUCAAUGGAAAAUCCAACCAAUGGAGCUUUGAGGAGCUCAUUGACCUCAACGUCCACUCUAAGCCUCGACCCCUCCUUGAGGCGGGGGACUGUAACAAAGUCUUGAUCAACUGUGACGGGAGCUCAGAGGGAACCAGGGUAGCCUUCGAAGACAAUGAAACCCCCAUCAGCACGCUGCAUUCCUCCAGUCAACCCAUAGAAGCCCUGCCAGAGAUUUGACGUCUGCGGCGUCGCUGAGAAGCCUCUUACUGUUGCACUCCUAAAGUUCCUGUCCAGUUGACCUCCUUAAAAAUUCUGUCAAUUCCAAGCAGCUUUCUCCCCUUUCUCCUCCUUUUCCAGAGGGAGGAGCACAAGGUGAAGUGGAAAGACCACCCAAGUGCUACGUUUGCACCCUACAUGAUGAGGAAACAAUAUGUAUUGAAAGUAUAUAUUAAUAAUUGUUGUGCUUCAGGGAAAUGCUGUCUAUUCCUUCCACAUGCUUACCCUGGGUCUUUUUCCUCUUCCUCUUGUGGUUUUUAGUUCUCCAGAUUUUUUUUCUCAAUUUUGUGUCCAGUUUUGAUGAUUUGUUUUUUUUUGUUUUUGUUUUUUUUUUAAAGUGUUUGCUUUUGUCAGGGGUGCGUUGUUAUAAUUUAUUAAUUUUGGCUUCUUUGUUAUUGUAAUUAUUGUUAUCAAAAGUUCAGUCUUUUUUUUCUUCUUGUGAGAAUAUUCCAGGAAACAUGCACAAUAGAUUUUGUGAAUUAUUCUUAAUUAAUGGAAGAAAUUGUUAUAUGUUCUGUUUUGUUGGGGUUUGGUGGAGGUGGCAUCACAGGUUUUCCAGGUGACUGAUCUAAAUUUACUUGACCGUCUACUUUUUGCAGCAACAUGGCCUUACAAUUUUUUCCCUACUUUCUAAUUUUUUAAAACAAUUUUUUUUUUUCCCCAUGCAUGCACAGUUUAGCAAUCUCUGUUAACACUUGGGAUUGGCUUCUCUGUUAAUACUUGACUGGGCUUUUGUCACGUCAUCCCCCUCCUUUGAUUCUUUUACCCCUUCCUUCUUUGGCCACUAGAGGGCUUCAGCAGCACAGCAGUUGCAUUUGAAGGCGAACCAUGUGGAGAUUCACAUGUUCAGUUAACUUUUUGCACUUUGUUGUUUGAAGCUCACGGUUGGUUUCGGUUUUCCCUUUUUUUUUUUUUUUUUUCCCUUUGCAUUUGUAUAUAGAAUACAAGUUUACUAAUAUUGUACUUUACAAAAGUCCUAGCUGGGUCCGGUUUUAGUGUCAUUUGUGGCGGCGACUCCAACUGUUUGAAUAACCAUACCUGUAACAGACUGUCAUAACACAGAGAUGAAACCCAGUAGUUUAUUUUUAGCUGCUUCUGAGCUUCUUGACACGGCGUUUGUUACUAAUCUGAACUUGUGCUUUCAGUGAUCUGGUUUUAACUUGAGCUUUAGUUCCCGCUUUGUGAUUCAUUCUUCUGUGUGCUUCAUCAUCAGUUCCACUUCUUUCCAACUAACAACCAUCUAAAUAUCCUGUCAAACUAGCUGCUACAUAUGACAAAAUGCAUUUCAACUAUUUUUGUAGUAUACAGUUUUGGCUGUUUGUUUAUAUAUGAAAAUGCAUUUCUACAUAUAUUUAAGUGUUAUUGUAUUGUGUAUAUAAUCAGUAUUAGGCAAAUGAAGCCAUGUUUAGGAUGGAGUGGCUCAGGUUGUGGAGAAUUCAAGAGUCUGUGUAAAUGACUAUUAGGUUUCAGUUUGACUGGUGCCGUGUGACGGGGUGGUCGGGUUCUGGUUGGCCUACCUGGCAACCCUUAUGUCCCCUUUCACAAGAGCUCAACAAAACUGGGUGGCAAUCUACUUUGUUUCCUAAGUUUCGGCUCUGUAUCUGCAAGCUCUAAUUCUGAAUUUUGCCUCAAAAAGACUAAACCAGUUGAGAUUUGGAUGACAGAGAGAGCCAUUUUUGUCCUUACAAACAUAUCUAAACCCAUGAUAUGAGUCAUAGAUGUGCCUCUCAGUGCUUUUAAUGUCAUCAAAAUGCAAUUAAUGUCAUGCAAAAGGAUGUAGGGGUGUUGAUUGGUCGUUGCAGGUGCGUCUGCUCAGUAUUCAACUGUUCUACUGUAGAAUAAGAAGGGCACCUGACAAAACCUGACGCGGGUCAGGCUGGUUUUCUGGUUCUUUGUUAUUCAUGAAAUGUUAAAUUUCUUGAUGCUUGAACAGUCCAAGCACAAGGUUUGAGACUUUGAACUUUUGCCUUUUUCUCUGCUGGCUUACUAAACUCUCUCUGUACAUAUUUCAGCUUUGAUUAAUAAGCUCAAAGAAUGUAACAGACUGCAUAAACCAUCCUGCAAUAUUUACCACGUCUCUGAGCUUAUGUGCUUUUAGCCGUCUUACGUUAUUCUUCUAGGAAACAGACUCUUUGCACUGUCACAAGUUACCCUUCUUUAAACAAAGCACGUAUCUGAGGACUUUACAGACUCCUGGGGGAGCUGUGUAAAAUUUCAUAAAGAAAAAGUCAUUUAUGUGGUUCUGUGACUUAUUCCCACCCAGAUGUUUUAGUCUCAUUCAUAACCUGAGCCUCAGGUCUUUCAUACUCCACUUUGCUUUCCUGAAUAAUGCCUGUCUAAGGAGCGGUUGUAGUUGCUGCUUGAACACAUACGGUGUCUGCAUGUUACAGGGCAUGGAUGCAGAGCUCACAGCACUUAGUCCUCAACAUCAUCUAUAAUGUUAGGUUAGAACGGUGCCUUAGAUUAAGAUUUAGUGUGGGUUGUUUUGUUUUUUUGUUUUUUAUUGUUUCACAGUCAACUAAGAAAGCUUCUCCUUACCUCGGCCUCGACAAUCAUUCUACUCAACAAGGGCAACUUUGUGAAUA